AAAAAGCCGCAAUAUAGAUCUUACCGAUGGCCCCGACAUCGUGAGGCUUAGGGGCUAGAGCCCCUAAGCCCCCCCCCUAGAUCCAGCGCUGGUAAUAAUCCGUCGCUAUAGCGCAGCAAAUUGUCACUGAAAUGGCAAAAUUCGACCUGGAAAAGCUCACAAACAGGGUCAAAAACAUCUCCGUACUGAACCGUCUCUUUUUCACGAGUGCAGAUCAGCAUGUUAAGUUCAAAGCUCUGGUUGGAUUCAUCUAUGGUUUCACUCUGGGCCUGGUUUUCCACAGAUACGUUUUAUCGGAGCUGAGUCUGGAUGACAAUAUCUCCUUCUGGCUCACUCUCACUAUUUGCCUCAUGCUGGGCACGGGAAUAGCGUCAUCGUCCCAAAUUCGUUGCAUCACCUUGCUCUCAUUCCCCAGCUUUGGAGGGAAAGUCGGUAGGAGCGUUCUUAAGGCCAUGGUGAUCACUUUCGUGAUUGCAGGACCUGUGGAGAAUAUGUCGAAAAACAGCAAGGAGGUGGUUCGAGUUUUCGCUUGCACAGCAACUCUAACUUACAACCUAACAAAAACGCGCUUCAGUUUGAUGUUCAAACCAUUUGCCGAUGCAAUAUUCGGCAUAAAAACCGAAAUGCAAGAAGUGAAGGAGACUGUGAGAUCCAUUCGAGAUGUGUCGGCUCCCAUAACUGGCGAAAUGGAAGACGAACAGGCAAUGAAGAAGAUCAAAGAAGAAAACGACUACUUGGACGAGUUGAGCAAGAGUGAAAAGCCGACCAACGCCACCAACAAAGGUGAAGCUGCAGAGGCGGCAGUUUACGAGAAGCAGUACUUGAAAAAAGUGGAAACGCGUUGCAUGAACCAGUUCAUCAAAGCUUCAAUCAAGUGCAGAAACAUGUUUUCGAGCGGCUACGACAAAUGCUAUGAAACAGUCACAUGGAUCGCUGCCUGGAUCUUGUGCUGGCCAAUGAAGCUGGACUUUGUGUGCAAUAUUGCAGAAGCUUUAGGCGGCGCUAGCAGAUGUGACCCAUCGAAACACAUCGACCCUGGAUUUGGUGAAGGCUACACCUAUUUGAAACAUUCCAGAUUCUCGCUCUCCCAAAACUUCAAGGAUGUGAAGCUGCAAUAUAAAAUUGGUAAAAUCAAACAGUUGCGCGAUCUUAGAGAUGCCCGAGAUACCUCAGUGGCCAUACUUCAGCACGUCAAGUCGAAACAAGCGAUUUUCAACAGUAUCUUCAACAUCAUCAAGCGAGUGCUGGCGUUCGUUUUCCUGAAGAUUAUCCUCAAUUGCCAGGAGUAUGAGGAGAAGUAUUUGAAAGAUAUUGAGUUUGACAACGUUUACAUCACUAAGUACUUUCGCAAAAUUGACGCCCGCAGAAAGUCGCUGGAGAAGCGCACUCUACUACCACUGAAGAAAAUCGAAAGAACCCAACUAGUGGAUCCGCUCACGCUAAAACCGCUCAAAGCAGAGCGACAGCAUAUUUUAAGAGAAUCCUUUCUAUUGAUUCUUGAAAUGAUCACAGCCAGCACUUUUAUUCUGCUGGACUCUUUGUUCUUCGAGGCCCUCGAUAUAAUACGACGCCACUCAAAAAUCGACUACCUCACCACUGGGAAGCAUGACUUAAUGCUCCAGAUCAAAGGUACUGGAAUGAUCGCAGCUUUGCUGCGCUCUCUGGUCAAAGGAUUCAACAUAAAGAAACGCAUUAAAAUCGAACGAAGCAAUGAAGAGUGCUUGCCCCGGCCCACCUCCAUGCCCAAAUCGUACAUCCUCAAAAUAUACGGGACGUAUUUUAGCAUAUGGCUGAUGAUGUGGCUGCAAACUUACACUCAGAGAACCCGAAGGAUGAUUUGCGCGUAUUUCUUCAGAAAACGCGAAAAGCGCCGAGUGCUUUUCCUGUACAAUGARACCCUCAAAAGACGAAUGGGAUUGUUGAGGCACAUGAAGAAGAACCUGGAUCGCAAAGCGCGCGCUCGACGGCUGGAGGAAAACUACAACGUWCUUCAAAUUAUGACUAUCAAGUAUCCGAAGGAGUUCAGUUGGUUGAAGUGGUUCAAGGCGGGAAGAAGGAAAUGUUUGCUGUGUGAGGAAGUAGAGCCCAGAAAACAGAGCGACUUUAUUGAGUGCCCGARUGAAGGUUGCCACUUCAUCUACUGCCAAGAGUGCUGGAAGGAUAUGGGGGACAAAUGUCUGGUCUGUGCGGUGGAAAGUGAAACUGAAGAUGAUUUCACUGAUGAAAAUGAUGAUGAUUAUGAGGAGUUUUAGUUUUUUGAGUAAAUAGUGAGUAUCCAAGCGUCGUGUUUCAGGAGUCUUGAUAUUUUCAGAGAUGAGUUUUUUUAUCCCGAGGAGCAUCGGGGGGUUUUCGCAGAACUACUGGCUCGAUCUUGCAUUUUUUAAUUGAUGUAUUC